AAUGUGGGGGACGCGAUCCGCACGCUGCGCGAGGACUACCCGCUGCUCUUUGUCAAGGACCUCAACUACGGCAUCUACCGCGAGGACCUGGUGUUCAAGGACCCCAGCCUCACCUUCCAGGGCCUGAAGAACUACAAGCUCAUCUUCUGGAGCCUGCGCUUCCACGGGCGCCUCUUCCUCAAGGCAGCCCACGUGCAGGUGCUGCGCAUCUGGCAGCCAGAGGACCGAGUGAUC